UCCGACUCUCGCACGGGUGAGACGUGUCGCACAGCGCCGCAAGUGACGUACGAAAGCCGCGACCGCGCCGCGCCGUCAGCUCCCUCCCCCUAAUUACGAGUUGUGUUUAAUUUAAAAACUGGGACUAAUUCAUCUGUCCAUAUGGUUCAUCUCGUAGAUAUUUUGCGUUCAGCGAAAGUUGACUAUCCGCCGCCUGUUAUUAUGAACCGAGCAAUACAGGUGAAACCGGCGGACAGUGAAAACAGAGGAGAUCGAAAGCUGUUCGUGGGCAUGCUGAGCAAACAACAGACGGAGGAAGAUGUGCGCCAGUUGUUCACACCGUUCGGGACUAUAGAGGAGUGUUCGAUAUUGAGGGGGCCCGACGGAGCCAGUAAAGGCUGUGCAUUCGUGAAGUUCAGUUCACACCAAGAGGCGCAGGCAGCCAUCACCAGCCUGCACGGAAGUCAAACUAUGCCGGGAGCGUCCUCGAGUCUCGUGGUUAAGUUCGCAGACACGGAGAAGGAACGGCAGCUCCGGCGAAUGCAGCAGAUGGCCGGCAACAUGAGUCUGCUCAACCCGUUCGUGUUCAACCAGUUCGGCGCGUACGGCACCUACGCACAGGUCAUCACCGAGCAGCAACAAGCAGCAUUGAUGGUGGCGGCGACGGCGCAAGGCUACAUCAGCCCCAUGACCGCGCUCGCGUCGCACGCGCUCAACGGCAUGGCUAACUCCGUGGUACCGCCCACUUCUGACAAUUUCACCGGCCUCGCGAUAGGCACUGGUGGGGCGCAGCCUCUGAACGGAGCGCUGCCUUCGCUGCCGUCCCCCACCAUGCCGGGCUUCAACAUGGCCGCGCAGACCGCCAACGGGCAGCCGCCGCCGCAGGAUGCCGUCUACACCAACGGAAUACAUCAGACGUUUACUGGACCGGUGCCGGUGACGGCGCAGGGGCUGCCCAACGGCGAGGCGGCGCUGCAGCACGCCGCGUACCCCGGCAUGCAGCCCUUCCCCGGAGUCGCUUACCCAGCGGUUUACGGGCAGUUCCCACAGCCCAUCCCUCCACCGAUGUCGACCAUUGCGCCCGCGCAAAGAGAAGAUUUCCUGAUGUUCCCAGGCUGCUCGAUCUCCGGCCCCGAGGGCUGUAACCUGUUCAUCUACCACCUGCCGCAGGAGUUCGGCGACGCGGAGCUGAUGCAGAUGUUCAUGCCCUUCGGGAAUGUCAUCAGCAGCAAAGUGUUUAUAGACCGCGCCACCAAUCAGAGCAAAUGUUUCGGAUUCGUGUCUUUCGACAACCCGACGUCGGCCCAGGCGGCCAUCCAGGCGAUGAACGGCUUCCAGAUCGGCAUGAAGCGGCUCAAGGUUCAGCUGAAGCGGCCCAAGGACGCCAACCGGCCUUACUAACCCUAGACGCCGUCCCUGCGCGUUCAUUACGUGACCAUGGUGGCGGCUGGUGUGUUCCCCGCGCCCACGGUGCGCAUGAUCGCGUAUUAUCAACAAUUCCAAGGAAUUUAAUACACGUUUAUUGUAUAGUGAAUAUCAUUACCUACAUACUUACCUAAACAAUUAUGCGAGCCCACUCGGCGAGUAUACUAAAUUAGUUAAAAGUAAUUUAUUAAAUCAGCGCG